UAAACUCUAUAAAUAAUUUUUUUUUUGACUAAAUAUCAAUAAAAUUGGCAAUCCGUUUUUUUCUUCUCGGUUUUGUUUUGUUUGAUUCUUGUGUGUGUCCAUUCCAUCAAGUUUUAUAAAAACGAAGACAAAACGAUAUUAAUACUGUAACCGUUUCGUUGAGUGAAAAUGGACACUUUUUUGUCCACCUAUAACAUUUUUGUCAAAGAAAUGAGUAUGUGAAUCAAAAAAUUUUGUUCAGUGAAUACAUUAAAUAGACGAGAUAGACAAAAAAAAACAUUGAAAAAAAAACCAAACAAACAAAAAAUAAACUUAAAUAAAAAUGAAACAUUUUUUUCUCUCCAAAUGAAAAAGCAGUUCCUGCCAUUAUAACAUUGCUUUCCUCAUAAUAUUCCUUUUGACUCUGAGAAAAUAUUCUUAAUAUAAAGUACAUUUGUAUGAUACACAAAAUAUAAAAUAUAUAUAAAAAAACACUUUGUAUACACCUAAUACAAAAUAUAAAUACAAAAAAAAAUGUGCCUUCAUAUGCAUGUACAAGUGAAAUAAGGUAGAUAAAUUGUGUGUACACAUGUGAUAUAACAUACAGAUGUGGCGAUCUUAACUCGAGCUCGACACAUAUAUAAACGAUCGCAUUCAGCCAAAAUCAUUCAGUUUAAGUUUUUGGUACCUGAAGAUAAGUCAGUAGCAGCUAAACCCAAAAGAAAGUGUAACAUUUUCAAAUUGAACUUGAAUCGAUUAGCAAUACUUUGAACAUUUUUUAACGAUCAAAAAGUAAGAAAAAAAAACUUUCUUUUAAAGAGUGAAAGAAAAAGUUCUAAAGAAAUUUAUUUACCAAAAUCGAUUCAACAUUCCGAUUAAUUCUAUUUCGUUUUUCAUUAUUAAUUUUUUUUUUUUGGUUUGGUCGGAACGGCAAAGGUUCUAAGUUUAGAAAUUUUGUUUAACUUUUCGGGAAUUCUUUUAACUAAAAAGUGAAGUGAAUUUUGAAGAAAAAAAAAAUCUAAAACUUAAUUUACACGACAUUUUAUCAACAAAUCAACAAUGGCUUAUGUUGCUGCAUUCUUAUUUCUUGUAUCAUCAAUUUUGAUUCUCAUCAAUUAUCUGCAAAAUUUGUACGACGUUCGGAGAAAGGUGAAGAUAACAUCAUAUCGUAUGGUUCGAAAUGCCGAUGGCAAUAAAGAACAGGAGAAAAUCGUUAAAGAAUACACGCAAGCUCCCGGUCCGAUGCCGAUACCAAUUCUCGGCAAUCUGGCAACGAUAGGGAAAUACGAGGUUCCAUUUGUCGCAUUCACUGAAUUAGCUAAAAAAUUCGGCGACAUUUACACAUUAACAUUCGGAGCGACAAAGUGUCUGGUGGUAAACAAUUUGGAGUUGAUCAGAGAGGUGCUCAAUCAAAAUGGUAAAUUCUUUGGCGGACGUCCCGAUUUCUUGCGCUUCCACAAAUUGUUCGGAGGUGAUCGAAGCAAUUCACUCGCCCUAUGUGACUGGUCCAAUUUGCAACAAAAACGUCGUAAUUUGGCACGCAAACAUUGUUCGCCUCGUGACUCGUCCUCAUACUACACAAAAAUGAGUGAAUGUGGCGGUUUGGAAAUGGAACAGUUCAUCCAACGAAUCAGAGAAUCCACAACACCUGGUGUCGAUUUUCACAUCAAACCGUUGAUCCAACAAGCUUGUGCAAACAUGUUCAGCCAGUAUAUGUGCUCGACCCGUUUCAGCUACGAUGAUCAAGCAUUCCAGAGAAUUACAAAAUGUUUCGACGACAUUUUCUGGGAAAUCAAUCAAGGAUAUGCGGUCGAUUUUUUGCCAUGGUUGGCUCCAUUCUAUACCAGUCACAUGAACAAAAUUGUCUCAUGGUCGGCAGAAAUUCGAAACUUUAUUUUGGACCGUAUCAUCUGCGAACGUGAAUUGCAUUUGGAUGCUGAGGAACCAGAAAGAGAUUUUACUGAUGCAUUGUUGAAGAGCUUAUUGGAAGAUCCGGACGUGACGAGAGACACAAUUAUUUACAUGUUGGAAGACUUUUUGGGUGGUCAUUCAGCUAUCGGAAAUUUGGUAAUGUUAUCGCUGGGAUACAUCGUACAGAAUCCGGAAAUUGGUCGAACCAUUCAGGAGGAAGUCGAUCGAAUCACAAACAAUGGAAGCCGAUGCGUAACACUUAAUGAUACCGAAGAUAUGCCAUACACUGUGUCAACGAUUUUCGAAGUUUUACGUUACUCAUCAUCGCCGAUUGUGCCGCAUGUAGCCACCGAAGAUGUUUGCAUUGCUGGCUAUGGGGUAACCAAAGGUACGGUUGUCUUCAUAAACAAUUAUGAGCUGAAUACAUGCGAAAAAUAUUGGGACCAACCGGAAAAAUUCGAUCCAUCGCGAUUCAUUGAACGGGUCGAAGUUGACGAGAUGAAGGGCGAUAAUUCAACGGACAUUCAUUACGAUUCGGGCUAUGAAAAUGAAGAUGUCGAAUCCAUUCCAUCGGAAUCACAAGAUAUCACAAAGCCUAAGUACGUGGACAGAGUUCGGAAAAAUAUUCCACAUUUCUUACCGUUCAGCAUCGGCAAACGAACAUGCAUCGGUCAGAAUUUGGUCAAAGGGUUCAGUUUCAUUAUGUUGGCGAAUAUAAUGCAAGCGUUUGACGUUAGCGUAAGUGAUCCGACAUUAAUUAAAAUGUAUCCGGCUUGUGUGGCAGUACCGGCCGAAACAUAUCCGUUACAGUUUCAUCCGAGAGCACGUUAGUUGUGUCUGUUUUCCUUUUUUUUUCUAUUGACAUAAUCUGGAUUCUGCUCCAUUUUUAUGUUAAAAAUACAUUUUGGACUUGUGUACCGCCGGUUAAUAAUACUAUAGUACUUUUUAAUGUAAGAGAUAACAAGACAGAAUAUUUUAUAAUGUUUCCAUACACAUUGAUAGCUGCCCUUCUCAAUACAAAUUGAGACGAGCGUUACAAUAAAAAUGAAGUCAGUCUGAUUAACGAAAUGCUUUCGGAUCGUAAGCACAAAAUAUUAUACAGCCACCUUAAAUGAACGGAACGUAAUUAUUAUACGUGAGAGGGAGAGAUUGGAAGAGUAUAAUUGUGUGUGUGAGAGAGAGAGAUAGUCACUUAAAGUUUGAUAUACGAAAAGAAAAUCGCAUUAGGAUUAGGAUUAUUUUUAAGAGUUUUUUUUUUGAUAAAAAUCAAAACUUAAGAAAUUUAGCAGCAUUUCACAGAUCGCAUUUAUAAAUAGUCUAAAGUAAAUGGUAUAUAGCGAAAAGCGGAACGUUGUUAUAAAAUGGUAUAAGUUCUUCUUGAAUACAACAACACACACACACAAUAAUUUAAUAUUUUUUUUUUAUAUAGAAUUCUUAUACGAUAGUACCUUCUGUUAUCUAGUGUUUAGUGAUUUUGAUAGUGUUAAACGACAUAAUGUUUUAUUAUAAAUAUUUUUUUUUGUAAAGUGUCUUUUUUGCCGUAUUUACACAAAUUAAUCGAUGAAUUUUAUUUUAUUAAUACAAUUUUUCACUGUAAAUUAGAAUGAGAGGCUUUCAGAAGAGAAAAUGAAACUUAUAUUUUCAUGAAAAUAUUUUUUACAGAAACAUAAACAAACGAAAAAAAAACAGAACAAAUAAUUUGCAAUUUUUUAGCAUUUAUAUGGAACAUUGUUGGUCUUAUAAUAU